UUGGUACCCUUUAUCGUUGCCGUCAUCCCUCCUAAAGCCAGUGCGGAAAAAUCUGGCGGUGAAAAGUCCCCAUCUGAUACCGAAGAGCCCAGACUCGUAUUUAUUGCCAGCUCCUCUGCAGAAUACAAAAAGCUCACCGCCCAAAAAUGUUCCUCCUCGAAUGGCUUGGCGGUGUUCUAGGCUACUUGGGCCUGUGGAAGAAGAGUGGCAAGCUGCUCUUCCUCGGCCUGGACAAUGCGGGCAAGACAACAUUGCUGCACAUGCUCAAAGAUGACCGGAUGGCCCAGCAUGUGCCCACGCUGCACCCAACCUCUGAAGAGCUGUCCAUAGGCAACAUGCGUUUCACCACUUUUGACUUGGGUGGCCAUCACCAAGCUCGAAGAGUGUGGAAAGACUACUUCCCUGCUGUGGAUGCCAUAGUUUUCCUCAUCGAUGCCCAUGACAGGGAGCGUUUCCCAGAGUCCAAAGCGGAGCUGGACAGCCUGCUGACUGACGAGCAGUUGGCAAACUGCCCAGUGUUGAUUUUGGGCAACAAGAUUGACAAGCCAGGAGCAGCUAGCGAGGAUGAGCUUCGCACCUACUUCUGUCUUUACUCUCAGACAACUGGAAAGGGCAAAGUCCCGAGGUCAGAAAUGACGGCGCGCCCCCUGGAGAUGUUUAUGUGCAGUGUCCUCAAGAGGCAGGGCUAUGGCGAAGGGUUCCGCUGGCUGGCCCAGUACAUCUAGGCAUCGCAAGCCCAAAUGGCGAAUGAACGAGAGAAAAAAAAAGCAAUUGUGUUGGGGGCACCUUGUGACUGGAAGAGAGUGUGGUGGACAACUGCUGUUGGAAGUACACUUCCCCCUCCCUUUCCUCACCUGCGACCUUAGCCUCCUGACACACGUCGACCUCACCAUCCUCCCCCCACCAUAUGACAAGUGGUGGGAUUUCUAGGAAACCUUCUUUUUUUAUAUAUAUGUAUAGGCUUCAUUCCAAACCUUAGCUUCAGUCCAAACAUAAAAACACACUUACAUACGUCCUGUAUAAAGAGCGCUGUACAGAUGUGAAGGAGAGACUUUAGGCAAAGUGAUCUUGCCAAGGUUUUUGUUUUGACUUGGUAUGCUUAAGAAGGGAGAGGUAGGGAAAAUGUGGAUUGUUUUGAGUGUUGGUGCAAGACAAUGUGGGUGACGGGUUCCUGUGGGCAAAACAAAUAGUUGCAGACGCUGACAUGCUACUUUUUUUCUGUGUGGAUAAUUUGUUGAAUAUGCCUCGCAUGUCACAAGAACCUGCCCUUUGAGACUUUGAGUACAUACUGUGUAGGUUUUCAUAUGACUGCAGUGUUGACAGUAACAUUUUAACCACUUUUUUUAUGAACUGGUGUACUGCUUUGGGGAAGCAUCACUGUGAUGCUAUUGCAAUUCUCCAGAGGCAUUUACGAAAGCGGCUUUGCCAUUGGAGCAAAAGCCACCUUGCACAUUGUUCUAAUGUUAUCUUCAGAGGCCUCAUCUAGUUCUUUUUAUUGUUAAGAGUCCUCUCAAGCAUGGUGGCCAAAGGUUUAUACAAUAUGCUUUAGAGAUUCAAAGUUGCUUGUCAGUGUCGCUGCCCCUUUUAGGGCUCAAAGUUCUAGAGGUGAAACAUGCUGAAGCAAUGGUGUUGUCAUGAACAUUUUACAAUAGUUUCUGCUCACCUUUUUUUUUUUUUUUCUAUUGAAGUGCUUUCCUCCCCCUCUUUUUUUUCUUUUUUUAAGGACUGUCUACUGUGUACAUAAUUGCAUUCCCAGAAAUGUGAAAGCUUGACUUGCUAGAUAAAGAAAACCAUUGCCAAUGCCACAA